AUACAUGGCGGAUAUUUGUCCCAUUAGUGACAAGUGUAGGCCUGUGUUCACGAAGCCUAUUUACUGUUAUGAUAUAUUUAGAUAGACAAUAUAGGUCUGGAUGAACAUUACCGUGAUAUGCUUAAUUAGACAUAGGUUCAGACUUUAGUUCGCAGAAAUCAUUGAUGAAGAUGUCUAUCCAGCGAGUACUGCUUCGAUUACUGAGAUUUUCACUACCGAUUCUUUUUGUAUUUCUACUUCUGAGCGGGUCUUUUAUUAUUAGUUUUGUAAGGAACAAGCUUUGGGCCUUUCGACUUAAAACGCCGUUGGUGCCCUACAAUGAACUGGAAAGGAGCCACGUUUCCAGGGAGCUCGUGCUGAAACAGUUCCAAAACGACAUUGAAAUCGUUUGGGCUCAGCGGGAAAGAGGGCCCAAGCUGAAAGACCACUGCUUGAAGUCAAAACUGGACGUCAUUUGCACGGAUGUUCAAUACAACAUAGACAUUGCGCAAGGCAUGGGGUUGUCUAUCCCCGAGAGCAACGUGUCGAUUUCAGGAAAUAUAACUGCCAACUAUAAGGUUCUUCCACCCGUUUCCAAUAUUACGAAAAUAGUUUCUUCGGUGAAUCCUGGGUAUUUACGUAAACACCUGUGCUACAACGUUUCCAGAACUCGACAACUAGUGAAAAGGACAGUCGACGCAAACUUCUGUCCGCGUUUACUCAAACUCUUUGAAGACAUCACAAUAAAGGCUGAGCCGUAUUUACUGCUUCUAUUCACUUGGUGGCCUGACUACUUGGUGGACGUGGACAAGUUCAGCAGAAAGCUGCUACUGGAAAACUGCAAGCGGGUUCGACCAUUCGUCGAAACCAUCAUCUUUACGGACAGCAGGAUGACUAUGGCUAACGCCAACGCCAUGAACUUCACCUGUCUUCCGGUGCCGGGUUACAGUUCUGGAGGCCUUCCCAUUUUUCAAAAUAUGGCCAAGGUUGUGAUGGAAAAGUUUAGCGCUACGUUUUACGGCUACGUCAAGGCCACAAGUGUAUUCGACGCGUCCUUUCUAGAGUCACUCUUAGGCGUCAAAGAGAUCCUAGUCAAGUCCUCGCAGAACGAAAAAUCUAAAUCUAACCGAUUUCCCACCUCGAAGCCUAUCGCGAUGUACGGGGAAGCCAUGCAUUACCAAAAGCUCAGUAGCGCUGCGGACUUGUACGAGCUCAACCUGCUGGCCUACACCAGAGGGAGCUACGAGUGGGAAAACCCUCAGGCUGCUUUCGUGUAUUUCGUGUUUACCAAGCAAGACAUGUCAGACGUUCCACCUUUAAUCAUCGACGACGACGCCCUGGUUCCGUUUUUGAUAGCGCGUUCUAGAACGCUGGGCCACCUGGUGAUAAACGUUGGCCGAACUGUAACAGCUCUGUACACAUCCCACAAUGCCACCAGGUCAGAGUGGAACCGGAAGUACAUUAAAGAGCUACCACGGGAUUCACUUUACAACAAGAAUCUCGCCAUGAAGUAUUUCAAUUCGAUAGUAAUGAAUAGUUCCCAUGAAUCUCAUGAUCUCUACAGCACAUUCAACAGUGAUGGAAAAAUUGUUUUUAAAGGAUGGGCUUGAAGGAACAUUAGUAAUUUAAGUCGUUUAUAAAACAAAACACUUAUGUGGAGACAAUCACAUUUAGUAGUGCAGUUAUUUUAUGCAUAGCGCGCGUGUGAUUUAUUUAUACGUGUAAAUAUGUGUGUGUGUUUACAAAUGAGACAGAGCUGUUUUAAGAUUAUAAAAAAGAAUAUGAAAGUAAUCUCCGGUUAAUACAUUUUCCCUACCCUUGCUGUUAUAUAUAUGUCUUCUUUUAUUAUAUGUAAAUUUAUGGAAUAAAAAAAGGGGUGAGGGAAAUCUUCUAUUUCAGAAAUAUUAGUGUAGUUUAGGCCUACUCUAAAGAAGGGAGGGUAAUACUUCACUCUUUGGUGCAGUGGCGUAGCUACCAAUGUGCGGGUGGUGCGGGCCGCACAGGGCACCAAGUGGAGAGGGGCACCAAAAUUCACACAGUGUGUAUUAAUUUUCUAUUUCCAUGAGCUUUUCAGUAAAAACAACUAACUGUAUGGACACGAACAAACUACUGUAUUUUAAACAUGAAUUAACGAUUUAUAAACUAGUCAUGUUGCUAUUUUGUUUCAUCUCCUUGACUAUUUCUUCCAUACAAUGUAAGCUAUAGAACAGUUUGUAUCUAAUUUACUAGAUUUAUUUCGGACACACGGUACAUGUUGUUACUACACUGAUCAAUGCUCUGUAAUAUAAAGAAGAAGAAGAAGAUAGGCCAACCUUUUUUUACUUCAUUGUUUAGUCCAUUGGUUUAAUCUAGAUAUAGAGUUUACAAAUAUAUUUCUAAACUCUAGCUCUAAAUAAUUGUCUUAGUUUAUUCAUUUCUUUAUGAUUCUUUAAAGUUUAAUUUUGGAAAUAAUUCUAUUGUAAUGUCAAUAUUUUUAAAUAAGCUAACCUUUGUUUUCUACGAGUUUUAUU